AUGCAAUUGGAUUUAUUUGAGUAAUAAAUAGUGAAGAAGGUGAGAUCUCAAUAAAACAAGGAUAAUGGAGAUUCCAUACCUGCAUUUUUGUUGAAGACUUAUGAAAUAAUAGAUAAUCCUUAAAAUAAAGACAUAAUUAGUUGGAAUGAAGAAGGAAGUGCCUUUAUUGUUAAGAAGGUUAAUGAAUUCUCAGAUAUCAUAUUGCCGAAAUCAUUUAAACACAAUAACUUUGCUUCAUUUGUUCGAUAAUUGAAUAUGUAUGAUUUUCACAAGACCAGACAUGAUAAUAACGAGAAUGAAUUCAAGCAUAAAUUGUUUUAAAGGAGUAAAAAACAUCUGCUAAGUUAGAUCAAGCGAAAGACCAAUGAAGUAAAGGAAUAGAAUUCUUUGAGUUUAAUAAAAAACGAAUAGAUAAGGAGUGAAUAAAGUGAGACACCUGAAAUUUUGAUGCAGAUGGGAAAAUUGUAAAACAAGUAAUUGGAAUUAGAAAAAUUGAUCAAAAUCUUUAUUAAGUAGAAUGAAAAGGUGAUGAAGGAAAAUAAAUACUUAUGGAGUGAAUUGACAAAAAACAAGCAUAAGAAUGAAAAUUCAGAAGAAUAAAUUAUGAAAUGGGUUUUAUAAUCUUUACAAGGAACCAAAUAAAACAAUAAACUUAAGAGCAGUUUGUAAGCAAAUAAUUUAUUGAUGUUGAAAUAAACCUGUGAAAACGAGGAUGAAAUGUAAGUUGAAGCAUAAAAUCAAAAACAUUUUGAAACUGAAAAAUUGCAAUUUGAUUAACUGCCAUCUCAAAUUAUAAGUCAGAAUUUAGAAUAAUAGAUCGAAAAACUAUCAAAAACUUAAAUUAUUUAAGUACUUUUGAGUGCUAUUACAAACAAUUAAAAAUAGGAAAAGAAAAAUAAUAUAAAGUUUGACGAUGAUCUUAGCUUUGAUGAUGAAUAUCCAGUUAUAAAGAAAAUGGAUUUGAAACAAGAGUCUUAAGAUAAAAAAUAAGAAAAUCAACUUAUAGUUUAUAAUGAACCUUAUUUUUUUCAUAAAUUCGAAGAUAAUUAUGUCAAUUCAGAAUCGCCUAAUCCAAGUCGUAAGAAUUCUUAUUUUGAUUAAGAUCCUAUUCCAUAAUUUUUAGAUAGUGAAUUAUGA